AUGAAGCUGUUUGAACAAGAGCAUCUGUAUCAAUACGACUGGGGAACCGUCACGUCGGCCUUCCUGCAGAAAUACCCGAACAGCGUGCAAAGCCACAUAAAGAGCAUCGACGUCAUUGACAGAUGCAUCGACACGAAGGAACAGACGCUCCAGAUGAGGAGGAUCGUCCACCUGCAGUACUUCAUUCCGAAGCUCUUCCGCAAUCUCCUCAACAUAGACGGGCGAGGCGUAGGAAUCGAAGACAUAAGCAUAAACCUGAGGGAGAAGAAAUUAACAGUGAGCACCGUCAACUACACGAUGACUCCUUUGGUAAACUUUACGGAGAAGUGUGUGUACCUUCAGAAGGACGACGAUGAUAAUCAAACCCACUACAAGCAGACCACCACCCUGGACAUUAACGGAUUCGGCUACAUGAAGAGCCUCUUGGAGCGGGCCAUGAUCAACACGGUGCGCGAGAAGAGCAAUCAAGGAAUCAACAUCAUGAACGAGACGAUCAAGCGAGUCAUUAAUGACAGCGUUCAUAUGAAUAGUAGAGACGUUUACGUGGAUGCACUGGAGAAAGGGAAAAAGUAG